AAAUCAAAUUUCAAAGGUAAAAAUAUCAAGGAAAACAAAGGCAGAGAGCCAGAGACAUGAAACCUCAAAAGGAUAAAACAAAAAUCAAUAUUUUCGUGUCUGUCUGAAAACCAAAGGUGAUGUUGUGUGCAACAGCAUACCAAGAUGCCAUUUAUUCUUCAUCCCUGUAAGUUCCUUUGCUUUCCAAAGUGCACAAAACCUGUUAAGGAUAUCAGUGUUUUCAGCAGCACCUUCAUAAAGAAACCACACAACAACCCCACCAAGAACCCGUCUCCGACGCCCCAAAAGUUUUAUUCUUUUGACAAGUUUGUUUUUUGCAACCCUCGUGCUUCCCUAGUUUCUAAGAAAUAUUCAAUCUUGGGUGAUACCCAUUUCACAUUUUGCUCCAAGAAUGAUGGGUUUGAUGGGUUUUCCAGUGAUUUUUCCCAAGAAGCUAUUGAGGAUGGAACCCAAGAACUUGAAAGCGAAAAGCUUGAGUUGCUGAACAAGCCUUCUCCUGUGCGUGUUGCAGAAGAGUCUUCCUCUGAAGUUGAAAUGGACCAAGAGGAACCUUCUAAAGAGGAGGCUUUGGCACCUUUCUUGAAGUUUUUCAAAGGUAAUGACUCUGUGAAGGAUUUUGAACAAGAUGGUGAGGUAUUGGGAGUUUCUGAAGAAAAAGAUGACGUUGGUGGUGAUAAUAAAGAAGAAGAAAAGAAGGUUAAUGUUGAGUACUACGAGCCAAAACCUGGGGAUUUUGUGGUGGGUGUUGUUGUUUCAGGUAAUGAAAACAAGCUUGAUGUCAAUGUGGGGGCAGACUUACUAGGUACAAUGUUGACCAAGGAAGUGCUUCCUUUGUAUGGUAAGGAAAUGGAAAACUUGUUAUGUGAUGUGAACAAGAAUGCAGAGAGUUUCAUGGUUCAUGGGAAGAUGGGAAUCGUGAAGAAUGAGGAGGCAAUAAGUGGAGUACCAGUGCCUGGAAGGCCUGUUGUAGAGACUGGAACCAUUUUGUUUGCUGAGGUUUUAGGUAGAACUCUUAGUGGCCGGCCAUUGCUUUCUACAAGAAGGCUCUUUCGUCGAAUUGCUUGGCAUCGAGUGAGGCAGAUAAAACAGCUCAAUGAACCUAUAGAGGUUAGCAUUACAGAAUGGAAUACUGGGGGCCUGCUAACAAGGAUUGAGGGUUUGCGAGCUUUCCUACCCAAGGCUGAGCUAAUAAAAAGAGUAAAUAGCUUUACUGAAUUGAAAGAAAAUGUGGGACGCCGUAUGUAUGUACAAAUUACUCGAAUAGAUGAAGCUAAAAACAAUUUGAUGCUUAGUGAAAAGGAAGCUUGGGAAAAGCUAUAUCUUCGUGAGGGAACACUUCUAGAUGGGACUGUAAAAAAGAUCUUUCCAUAUGGAGCCCAAAUCAAGCUAGGAAAAACUAACAGAAGUGGUUUGCUGCAUGUUUCAAAUAUCACUCGAGCUGACAUUACUUCUGUCAAUGACAUACUUUCAAUUGAUCAGAGCGUUAAAGUUCUUGUGUUGAAGUCAAUGUUUCCUAAUAAAAUUUCCUUGAGCAUUGCAGACCUUGAAAGUGAACCUGGUCUUUUCCUGUCAAAUAAAGAGAGAGUAUUUCUGGAAGCUGAUAUGAUGGCAAAGAAAUACAAGCAAAAGCUACCACCAGCUAUUAUCACUCGACAAUUAGAACCCCUAUCAACCAGUGGCCUCCCUUUCGAAAAUGAAGCACUUUAUGCAAACUGGAAGUGGUUUAAGUUUGAAAAGUAAUGCAUGGAACAAUUU